AUGACUGCUGCCAAUGCCAUCACAAGUGUUGUUGAGAAUGCCCAACUCAAUCAUCUACGUCCACACAUGUUGAUGUUGUGCACCAAGUUGUUGAAACGACUGCAGGACGACAAAUGUCAGUGCCAUGCUCAGUUGCUUCAGGCGUUAACUUCUCUGAUAAUGGUGUCGGGCAACUAUAUCUCAGCACAGACGCCACUCAUGGCAUCAACAAUGGUCCAGCUAUUGACUACCCCAGACUGGAUGAUACGAAAGGCUGCAUGUGAUGGAUUGGCAGCCAUAUGCACACGCACCUCCAAGGACACUGUGGUGGCCUUCCAGGAGCAGGUGUUGGAGGCACUCGAGCAGUGUCGCCAGGACAAGAUCAAGACGGUGCGUGACGCUGUCCACUCAACCAUAUCUCUGUACAAAUCAUUAUUCGAAUCACCACUGCUCAUUCCAACGACACCUCCAUUGUUGGCAUCACGAUUAUCAUCACCGGCACCAUCGCCCAGCUCCACGCCCAUCCUGAUGUCACCUCGAAACCUAUUUGAUCAGAACCAGUUCAUACCAUCACCUCACAAGAAGCAUGGAGCAUCCAAGCACAAAGAGGUCAUUGGCAGUAGCAUAUCAUCAUUAAUAUCACCAUCACAGCCAUCAUCAACAUCAUCAUCAACAACCAUACCACCACUCAAUCUCACUAAACACUCAUUAUUGACUCCAAAGUCACCAUCACGUGGCAAGUCAUCAUCAACAACAUCCACCAGCACACCAUACAAAGCACCAAUCAAUAGUGCCAGCAUUAGUAAUAGUAGCAGUGGAAGUAGCAAGUCACUAUUGUCCAAGCCCAAGAAUAGUUCUGGAAGUACAUCAAAGUCAAGCACCUCUAGCACCACCACGACAUCUUGGAAUGAAGGCGAUUCCCAAGCAGCUUCCAACAAAAUCGUCACUACCAAGAAGCCAUUAUCCUCACCAUUGGUAGUGUCCCAACCAGCAUAUGUUGUGAGCCAAUCAAAUGUUGGCAGUGCCAACAACAACAUGUCCGCUUCCACCACCUCGUCCAUGCCAAUGGCAGCGGCCUCUCCACCACACUCACCUCCACCAGCGCCCAAACAUGUACAUGUUCAGACAUCACAAUCACUGUCACAAGAGUCAUUACAAGGCGGUGGCAGUAGUGGUGGCGGCACUACAACAUCAACACCAUCAUGA